AUGGCUGGAGCAGACCAAAGCCAAAGAUGGAGCCUACGAGCCAAGACCGCUCUUGUAACCGGUGGAACCAAAGGCAUCUCGGGUUUUCUAUCUAAAAAGAAAAGGAGUUACAACCAAAAGAGUGAAGACUGUCCAGACGGCUCUAUCGAGAACAGCGCCCAAACCGCGCAGUCCGGCUGGCCGAGAACGAAUGUUUCACGCUCGGCCAAAUCAUCCGUCCGUCUGAAGUCUCGGCCAAAGUUCCAAAACCGUCGGCCGAUCACGCAUCACGACCCGGGAAACAUGUCCCGCGGUCGGCCACGCCACAACGCUCACGCCACCCGCGCACGACCAUGCCGCGCGAGCCGGGAAACAAAGCCUCGCGGCCGCGCAACCUGUCUCGCGUACCACGGCCGAUGCGCCGUCCGAGCCGGGAAACUACGUCCCGCGUCCGGCCGAGAAUUUCAUCGGCCAAUCUUCAUCCGUCCGACCACAGCGGCCGACCACGAAUCCGUCCGGCCACGACCGUUCCGAUCGUACUAG